AAAAGUAAUAAAGAUGAGUUUGUUAAUAUAGAAAGUACAGAUAAUGUUUCCUUGAAAAAGAGAAAAAAACAAAGCAUGAACUGUAUAGAAAAGCCAUCAAAAAUCAGGAAAUUAUCUAAUAGCAAUAUUUCAUUUGCAAACGUAGAGAAUAAAAAUGAUCAAGAAGUUGAGACAAAAAUAAGAGAAUCGUUGGUAAAAGAAUCGUCUCAAAAGACAUCUAGUGUUAGUUCAUCAUCAAAUAUAGAACUAAAUAGAAAAAACAAAUGUAUAUCGAUAAGCGAUGAUAGCGGUAAUACAGACAAUAUUUUAAAUUCUCAAGCAACAGAUACUCUUGAAGGAUUGGAUGAUCUUUUUGAAGAAGACUGGUCUUAUAAGAGAGAUACAUUAGAUGACUUGGAUGACUUAUUUCAAGAUGAAUGGUGUUAUGAAAAUGAGAGUACUAUUGAUUUUAGUACUCCAAAAAGAUGUAUUAUCAUUGACAUUAUUUCAGAUACAAGUAGUACAACUUUAUCAGUUAAAAAUACUAAUGAUGAAACGUUAGCAAUUGUAAAGUGUUUUGGAGUAUGGCAUUAUACAAAAAUUGAACCAGGUGAAAUAAUAGUUAUUAAAGCAAAAAAAGAGUCAAUAAAAGAAAAGUAUUGGAUUGUGGAUAACAACUUUGGAUGGAUUAUUAAUCAGCCGGAUACACUUAUUUCUGGUACAACGGUUGUUGGUGCAUUAUUUUGUAAUAGACGUUCUAUUUUUCAAGAAAAAUUUAGACUACUUGAAAAUUUGCCAUAUUAUGAAGGUGGAAAUAAUUUAAUGCUUAUUGGAAGUUUGACUCAUGAGCUUCUUCAAAUGGUGUUGGAUAAAGAUAUAAAAGAUAUGAAAAGUAUUUCUGGAUUAUUGAACGAAAUUCUAAAAUCAAAAAAUGCUAUUUAUAUGAUGUACAGUGCUGGAAUUUCUACAAGUGAUUGUAAAAAUUUAAUGCGACCUGCUGUUGCACAAAUAUAUAAAUUUAUACAACAAUAUAUAACAGGUAAUCGAUCAGAAAUUAUUGGUGCACAAAAUUUUGAUGGUAAAAUUGAAAAAAUCUGUGAUAUUGAAGAAACUGUUUGGAUGCCAACUCUCGGCUUGAAAGGAAAAAUUGACUUAACUGUCGAAGUUAGUAAAAAAUCAACAAAUAAAUCUUGUCCAAAUGUAGAAAGAAGAAUACUUCCUCUUGAGUUAAAAACUGGUAAAGUUUCAUUCUCAAAUGAACAUCAAGGGCAAUUAAUUCUUUAUGCAAUGCUGAUGGAUAUGACUGGUCGUAAAACAGAUUCUGGUUUACUUUUAUAUCUAAAGGAAAAUAUUAUGAGAGAAAUUACGGGAAGUGUUCAUGUUAGAAGAGAUUUAAUUACUUUAAGAAAUACAGUAGCUUAUUAUUCAACAAGGCAACCAACAAUAGUCAAAAUAAAAAAUAAGGAAACCAUUUUACCUAUGGAAUUACCAAAGCCCAUCGAUCACACUGCAUGUACUCAAUGUCCCUAUAAUGUUUUAUGCUGCACAUAUCUUAUGAAAGAAGAUAAAAAGGUCUUGCAUGAUAAUCAUCCUCUGAAAAUCCUCGAUAAUGAGAUAUCAAGUUAUUUAAGUGAGGAACAUACUGAAUAUGUAAUGAAGUGGAUUUCACUUUUACAACUUGAAGAAAGCCUUGAUAAUCGAGAUAUAGUUUCAUGGAAAGACGUUUGGACUAUAAAACCAUCAAAAAGGGAGAAAAAUGGUUCGUGCAUUAGUAAUUUAAAUUUGAUUUUUGUUUCUGAAAACGAUGGAAGAUUCUUACAUAAAUUUCAACGUAUAGAAAAUUAUGAAAAAGUAUCUAAAAUUAACACAUCAGAUUUUAACGAACAAGAUUAUGUGAUUAUUAGCACAAAUAAUAGAAUAAAUGUGUGUUCUGGUUUUAUAAAUAAAGUCACUCCGUCUGCUGUUUUAGUAUAUUGUGAAAAAGAUAUAAGUAAAGUUUAUAACGAUUCAAUAUUUCAUAUAGAUAAAUCUUUGUCUUCAUCAUUGCUGACUUUUAAUAUGUCACAACUUGGUGGUCUUUUAAAUAAUCAUAGUAUCUGUACCAAAUUACGUAAAAUUGUGAUAGAGAGACAGCCAGCCACAUUUAAUUCUGAGACGUCUGAUUUAAUUAUGAAAGUAGGCAAAGAUAUUUUUAAAAAAUUAAAUGAAGAUCAAAAGCAAGCGAUUUUAAAGACGUUAGCUGCAAAUGAUUAUUUAUUAAUAAAAGGAUUUCCAGGUACUGGAAAAACUGAAACUAUAGUUGCAAUUAUUGAAUUGUUUGUAAGAUUAAAUAAAUCAGUGCUAGUCACUGCACAUACAAAUAAUGCUGUUGAUAAUAUAUUAUUAAAAUUACUGGAACGUAAGAUUGACUUUGUACGUUUUGGAUCUAGUAAUAAAAUAAAUCCUGCUUUAAUUCACAUGUUGGAUGAUAAUAUAACUGAAAAUUGUAAUUCGCCAGAAGAUUUGCAUAACGUAUAUUGCAGUAAAAAAGUUAUUGGUCUAACUUGCUAUGGUACAAGUCAUCCACAUCUGUCGAAACGUAUAUUUGAUAUUUGUAUUGUCGAUGAAAGUACGCAAGUUUUGCAACCUACCAUUUUAGGACCUUUAUACUGUGCUUCUAAAUUUAUACUUGUGGGAGAUCCAGAACAACUACCCCCAAUUGCUAAAAGUGUCACAGCAAGAAAAUUAGGUAUGAAUGAAUCAUUAUUUUUUCGAUUAAAUUCAGAAAACAAUACUAUAUCAUUGCUAUUACAAUAUAGGAUGAACAAAUGUAUUAUGAAUACCGCAAACAAACUAACAUAUAAUAAUCAAUUACGAAUAGGAAAUGAAAUAAUUGGAAAUGCAACUUUACCCGUAACUAAUAAAGCAGAGUUCAAAUCAUGCGAAAGAUGGGUCAGGAAAGCUCUUUCAUUAGAGCUAGGAAAUUCAACAAUAUUUUUAAAUACAUCUGCUACGUACAACCUUGCUAUUGACCUAAAACAUACUGAAUAUAAAGGAAUAUGUAAUUAUUGGGAAGCUGCCAUUAUUAUACGACUAAUUAAUGUUCUUAAGAAUCUUGGUAUUGAUAAUAAAACAAUUGGAAUAAUUACACCUUAUAGAGCUCAGGUACGUUUAUUACGAGCAGUCCUUUUAAACGAUAUCGAAAUCAAUACUGUUGAUCAAUAUCAAGGUCGUGCUAAAAGUGUCGUUAUAUACAGUUGCACAAAAAGCAUAUCAACAGAUAUGGAAAUUCCAGAAUAUGAUAUUUUGGAAGAUCAUCAGCGUCUAACUGUGGCUGUGACUCGCGCCAAGCACAAACUUAUCAUUAUUGGAGAUUUGAAUACUUUACAACGAUAUACUCCAUUUAAUAAGUUAUUUGCGGCGUUAAGAAAAUGUGAACAAAUUUAUGAUUUACGAGAUGGCAUGGACAACUUCUGUUUUAAUGACUUAAUCAAGUUAUUGGAUUAAAUAAUUAAAAAUGAUAUACAGAUUUUUAACAUAAUU